AGUCCAGCCAAAAAGCAGAAGGCAGCCGUGUCUACCAGGAAUAGCCUGCUUGUUGCAUUGUGUUUCCCACCCUGCUGCCUCCCCGCCUCUUUCCUUGCGAAAGGAAAGGGAGAAACGACGUCUCAGUUGUGGAGAUACCUGACCAAAAACAUCUCUCGUCUGUUGGCGUGUCAGAUCUGGUUGUUUGCUUACAGCCUUUGACCCUAUCAUGGCCUCCAGUCUAAAUGCCAUCUUCCUUCUUCUCUGGCUCCUUCAGCGUGGAGGACGGCAGGUUGCAGGACAGAAGGUCUCAGUAAAACAAACCCCCCUGAUCCAGGUCGCUUUUGCCAAUGAAAAUGUAUCUAUGAAGUGUCUGGUCAGCUACCCCUACAUGAAGGAAUACACCACCUUCACAAUCUAUUAUUACUGGGUGAACUCAGAAGGCAAGAGAGUCACCAUCAAAAAUUUUUCCGUAUCUGAAGCAAUCCCCACUGGACAGAUGAACCAGACAACAGAGAAGGAUUACCCAUAUACAAUUGGGCCAUCAGAAAACCCCCCUGCUACUGGCACCUACUACUGCGAGGCCAGGUGGAAAAGCACAACAGAAAAAGGAAAUGGGGUAUUCAUCCUUGUUAGAGACACAGGGUACAGAGAGCCCUCCCCGGGCACAUGGAAAUUUCUCAUCGCUCUUACCACUAUCCUCACCAUACUGAGCAUCACUGGAACAGCUCUGCUGCUGUGGAAGAGAAAGACCUGUCAUUUAGUGUCUUGUCCUAAGUUGGUGGUGUGUCCUGGGAGAUGCCCAGAUGUCCUCCAGAGGUGCCCAGACCUAAGCACAGGAGCCCAAGCCCCUUCAGGAAGUUCAGAACCAUCUGGCUCCAUCUACACUUGCCUAGAAUCCCACCAAGCUGAGGUCUAUUCUGUCCUUGAGGAUAACACGAACAGCUUGUCGCUUGAGAAGAAUCCCACUGCUACACUUCAAGACAUGAACAUCUCGCAGCCAGACAAGACUGAAGAUAGAAAUGAAGACCGUGGGAAAACAGAGAAGAAGAAAAAGAAGAAGAAAGAAAAGAAAUCUCAGCAAGAAACUCUGGAAGAACCCUUUGAUACCCUGUAUGAGAAUAUCUAAGGGGAAAGACUGAUCGUGCUUAGACUAUACAUCUCUGAGUAUGGGGGAACUGCCCCUCACAUCUUUAGUAUCCAUCUGAAUUCUCCAGAGACUCAUGACACACUUAUGGCAGAGCCCCACCCUAGUCUCUUUCUAAUCUGUCCUUUAUGGACCUCAGAAUUCCUCUGUUCUGAUCUCAGGGUGGCCCAGGCUGCAUGGGUGCUCCUGCAGAGGAUAUUGCUUUCAAUUAUUUAUAAGUCUGACUUUUAGCGAUCGUUUUAGUCAGGAACUGUGCAAGUUUCCCUCACCCGGCUAUGGCGAUGCAUUUGAGUCUUGAUCUAUAGCACUUGUUGUACAAUACAGGGACCCCACUACUUUUUUUGACAGUGCACCUCAAUCCUGAUUUGCAGCCCAUGCUAUCCCACUCCUAGCUCUCUCCUGUCAUGCCAAUAUGAACUUGAUAUAUCGUCUAAUGAGGACCUGAUUGGGAGCCACGGACCCCUGUCGCCGCGUUCCCUUUCUCAACAACUUCAAGCUGAAACAUGCUGAUGCGUAAAGCAAACUGACCUGCUAGCCCUGUACUGUAACUGCAGAUGUACAGUACAGCCCUGUGCUGCUCCAAAACAGUCUGUCGGAUUCAGCUCUGCAGGGUGAAUAUUUUCCUUUGAAUGCAACCAGCGGAAUAGGGUGGGGAGAGGCAGCAAGAAAAGAGAUGCAGAAAAUGAAGCAGGCGUCUUCCCUGCCUGUGGA